AUGACAUAUCAGUGGCUAAUUUUAGAAGGGCAUCGAUCGUUGGGAGGUGGCCCUCGUUUGAAAGCUCGAUCUUGGACCAACUUGAUAGAGCACUUGGGAUUUAAAGCAAGCGGGAUGUCAACGUAUGCAGAGAAGGCAGCCGCCUAUCAAGCGCCAUCGGGAUACUCGGCGGUUCAGGGUGGAUAUGACGCUUCGGCCGAUUACUAUCGUCAACAACAAUAUGUGGGACAGGCAGCAUAUCCUCAGGGAUACACGGCUCAAACGUACGCCGCCGCUCCUCAAUACAUGAUGCCACAACAAGGACUCUACGGGUAUCACGUGCAACAGGAUCCUCAAGCUGCCGGCCGUAUGAAUUCGUUUAAUGCCGUGGCUCCACCGCCAAAUUUUAGUCGCCCUCCACCUGGGAAGGACGAUUAUCAAAAUACUGGAAUGUCGUACGACUCGUCGGCUCAAUCAUCGAUGGCUUACACGGCUUCUUGGGCGACUCCCGGGGUUCCUCAAAUAGUUGGUGACUUUGGCCAGUGGAAUAAUCCUGAUCAGGGCGGUGACAGCGGAGUGACUUCGGGUGGUUCGAAUCCAUAUGGACAGACGAUGGAUCAAUUCAGCAAGAUGAACAUCAAUGAUCAACAGUCCUAUGAUAAUCCACCCGGAGCCUGGGGACAAAUUGACCCACAACCACAGCACAACACGAGUCUCACCAAUCAAGCUCAGUGGCCCGGUUUGGAUCAAGCGAACGAGAGAAUGAACAAAGACAAGAAGCGCGAAGAACGUGAGAAACGACAACUAGAGGCUCCAGCCAAAGACCUCACAUGGGAGGAGCGUCUCAAACGCGCUCAAGGAGCCAAAGAACGAGCCGAGAAUCCACGCUUCGAGAAACGAGGUGAAGAGAGUGAGCGAGGAGGACGCGGUGGCAGUAUCCGAGGAGGUCGCGGAGGAUUCCGUGGUGGAUUUCUGGGACGAGGACCGCGAGAUGGUGACGAGAAUCAACGCGACAAUCGAUUCAACAACGGACAGCGACGACCACCAAUGCAGAAUGGAGAGAGUGACGGUGGACAAUCGAGGGGUGGAAUGCGCGGAGGAAUGGGUGGUCGUGGAGGAUUGGGAAUGCAGCAAGGCGGCACUCCUCAGGCAAUGCUACCACAACAAAUGGGAAUGUAUCAACGAGCACCACAAGGACUAAUGCCUAUUCCACCACACUACUUGCCUCCUGGUGCCCCAAUGCCGGGCAUGAUGACUGGACAUCAAUCGCAAGAUCAAAGAUUCCGUAACAGCUGGCUGGAUGCCAAUCUCUUUGGUCCUUUCCCAAUGCCGAUGCCACCUAUGAGGAUCGGGAUGGAGAUGGAGAAGAUGAUGGCGAAGAACGAUAUGGAGACGAGGCCUCGGAAAGCUCACAAACUCAUGAGAGAUCAAACACGGAUGAUAAACAGGCUAGCCCUGCUGCUCAAGACAACAACUCACCGACCCAUGAAUUCAACAAUGUGGAAUAACGCCAUAAUCGAUAUGGGUCUGCGCCAAAACAAAUCCGCUUCAAAUAGUCACCAACAGGUCCUUACCAACAACCGUUAUUUUUCAUUGUGUAAUACAGUUUUUGUGUUUAUGGUAAGGAUC